AUGCUCCAGACCCGGAGCGUCCCUGCCGGCCUCUACAACUUUGCCCUUUCUCACAGCUGGAAACGCCGCAUCAACUACCUUGCCACUAGCAUCCCCAUACGAGCCGCCGCCGCCUCCAACCAAAAUGACUAUGCUGGGAGGCGAAAAGUGGAGCGAGAAAAUGAGUAUGCUGGGAGGCGAAAGGUGGAGCGAGAAAAUGAGUAUGCUGGGAGGCGAAAGGUGGAGCGAGAUUUGGAGUAUGCUGAAUUUGAGCGGUGCUGA